GUGCUGUGAAAUUGUGAAAAAAGGCCCAGUCCAAGUAACCGAUGCAGUGUUUCCACAAAACAAUGAAACAGUUCCUCGACGAUUCACAAAAGACAGUUAUGAGAUUGUAAUAAAAAAUGGAGAGAAAAUCAAGAGAUCAGAUGCAGUAGUGUAAUGAUGACUGCCACAAUUUCUGCCGUAUAUUGUUAACAAAUGGUCAAAACAUAUAGUACCGUAUACAAUUUUGAUAUAUAUAUAUAUAUAGUUAACAUAUAUGGUCAUAACAUGCAAUACCAUAUAAAAAAUAACCAUAUACAUACUUUAAAUAUAUGUUUAUAUACACAUUUUACUAUGGGAAUUUCAUAUACUGUAUGUUAUAAACAUAUAUCUACAUAUAUCCAGAAGAUGGAUAUAUGUCAUAAUAAUAUAUUGCCUUAUAUGUAACCUAUAUGACAACAUCGCUACUGAUAUAGGGACAUAUAUGUCAUAUAUUACAUUUCUGUAUGGGUGGGGUCAUUAUGAUUUUUAAGAAAUUAAUUUUUAAGUUAAUUUAAGGAUCCACUGAGUUGAUCAAAAAAGACAGUGAAGUACUUUUUUUACAGUGAAAUAUUUGAAAAUAAGUGUAAUAAGAUUAAUUUAAGCUUAGUUUUUAAGCAUGUUGGUGAGUUUCAUUACUACAGCUUCAAUGAUGUUGAGAUCUGAUAUACCUUGCCCCAAAUUUAAAGAGGCUUGAUAAAAAAGAUCCUGUUUAGAAUAUAUCCACAGGGGCAUUUAAAAAAAAAAAAAAAGCAACGCAUGCAAUGAAAAAAAAUAGAUUGAUUGGUUGAAAAAGGCAUGCAAAUUGCGCAAUGAAAAGAAAUAAUAUCGAUCAUGCCACCAAACAGAUUAAACCUAAAGUAAUGAGCCUGGUUUAAAAAUGUAAGAAGUAGAACGUACAGGUAUUUGUCUAAAAAAUGUAAAGAGUAAAAGUAAAAAGUUGUCAGAAAAAUAAAUAGUGAAGUAAAGUACUGAUAAAAAUCUACUUAAGUACAGUAAGAAAUUACUUGUUUGUACCAAAUUUUGUAGUUUGUGCCAAAUUUUGAAUUGUAUUAUUGGUCGUUCCAAAUUAAGCUCUUCAUAAUUGGGUUGAUCCUCAAUCUAAAGUUUCACUGAAGCUGACAAGGUUAAACCAAAUAGUCUCCAAGAUAUUUUAUUUACUGGCACAGGGAAAAAAGGUGAUAAUUAUACAUUUGGUCUGCUUAUGGCUAAUUCUAUUAGAAUCUGGAAAACAGUUGAUAGGAGGACCCUUCAAAUUGUGUAACAGUACCUUUAUGGCUCUUAAAGCUUGUGGAGUUUCUUGGGCAUCUCCCAUCUCCUCUAAUCCUAUGCAGCAUUGGAUUGCACCAUAUUCUGGUCGCCCAUCUGUUUCCGUGAUAUAUAAUUAUUGAUCGCAUUACAAAACCUCUUUCUAUCAAAUCUAUUUGGAAUAGGGAAUUAUCUGACCUUAAUUUGUCUGUCGACUGGGAGACAGUGUGGUUUAACCUCAGCUUAACAUCUAAAAACUUGGCUCAUCGUCUUAUUCACUUCAAAGUCAUUCAUAGAGCAUACAUAACUCCUUACAAAAGAUUCAAAAUCAAACUACAACCAAAUUUUAACUGCCAUAUAUGUAAUACUGCAUCAUCAGGUACUUUUCUUCAUAUGUUUUGGGAAUGUCCUAUCGUCAUUAAUCUAUGGACGCAUGUAAACCUGGUUUUAUCCUCCUUGCUACAAAUUGAUUGGUUUGCUAGCCCAGGUUUAUGUCUUCUUAACGAUGAUUCUGGUCUCUGUAUAAGCUUAAUACAAAAGAGAAUGAUGUUUGCUGGUUUUACGGCUGCGAAGAAGACAAUAAUACAGAACUGGUUUACACCGCACAUGUGUGCAAAAACAUAUUGGAUCCAUAGCCUCCUGAAAAUAGUGAUGUGUGAAUGUACAACAGUGUGAAUUAAUAAGGCCAAAGCUAGUACUACUGAUGCUUGGCAGUGUUUUCCCUCUAACAUACUCAAGUAUACAGUGGAGUGAAAUUUUAUUUUUUAUCUCUCUCCUCUUUGACUGGACUCUUUAAAUUAUUGAUUAUAUGACUGUGUGUGUGUGUGUGUGUUUUGUUUUUUUUUUAAUUGGAUGUUAUGAUGUUAUGUUAUAUGUAAAAGACAAUAAAAAGUUGAUCAGAAAAUAUUGUCGAUCCAAACAAGGAUGCUGAGAACAUGAAUAGAAGUAAACCCGGCCUAUGAUUGCCUUGGAAAACUCAAGCCGGUCCAUCAGCAGGUACCAAUGCCUGCAAGACCUUCUUCCAUCCUCAUCAGAACAUUACAGUAGACUAACAGAUGGGACAUCAAAAGUGAGUAUUGGGAUAAAACAGAACAUAAAGGAGAAGAAUGGGGAUACAAACUUAAUUUAGAAAACACUCUGAAACGAUUCACUAAAGACAGUCUGGCAGUAUUUUCUGAUCAUAUGUUCACCACAGAAGCCAUAAUGAGCCAUAAAAUGUUCAUACAAACACUGUCUCUGUGAGUUGAUUUGCAUUUCAACGUGCAACAAAGAUGUUUAAAAGACAUCUUUUGGAUGUACUUUCGGGUGGGUGGGGGGCUUACAAGACAUUGUGCCUCUGAAUUCUUAAUCUGGACCUGCAUGUAUGGGAUUUGUUUUUUUUUUUAUUAUUAAUAUUUGUGUAUUUUCAUUGUUCUUUUGUGUUUUAUCCAAGGUUUUAUAACAGUUUAUUUUAAUGUUUCAAUGCAAGUUCAGUUUGAAUAGAAUUUGUUAAAUGUUACCUGCAGAAAUCCUGAUGUCUCUGUCUGACUUGUUUAAACACAGUCACCUGAUCAUAAACUCCUCCCUCUUACAGCUCUUACCAUGAAGAGACUGACGUGUUAUUUCUGCUUUCUGUCACACUGACUCUUCUCUACUGACAAAACCAAUAAAGAAUCAGCCAUCAGUGAAGAACCAAGAGAAACACUUUACAGAAGGAUCUUUGUGAAGUUUGUUUCUGAAUAGAUAGCAGAUGUUUGUGAUUCUGGUGGUGAUUCAUUCUUUAAACUGUUGUUCAGAAAGUGAAAGUAAAGUUUAGAUCGCUGGAGCUCAAAGAGUGGAAAUGGCUUCACUAUCUGAAGAUGAUUUUUCUUGUCCUGUAUGUCAGGAAAUCUUCAAGAAUCCUGUUGUUUUAUCAUGUAGUCACAGUGUCUGUAAAGAGUGUCUUCAACAGUUCUGGAGAACCAAGAAAACUCAGGAGUGUCCCGUCUGCAGGAGAAGAUCCUCAAGAGAUGAACCUCCAGUUCGUCUUGCAUUAAAAAACUUGUGUGAGUCGUUCCUGAAGGAGAGAAAUGAGAGGCGUUCAUCAGGAUCUGAGGAGAUCUGCAGUUUACACAGUGAGAAACUCAAACUCUUCUGUCUGGAGGACAAACAGCCGGUGUGUGUAGUGUGUAUGAAUUCACAAAAACAUGAUAAUCAUAAAUUCAGACCCAUCAGUGAAGUGGUUUCAUCAUAUAAGGAGGAGCUCAAUACAGCACUGAAAUCAUUACAGGAGAAACUUCAACACAAUGAAAGAAUGAAAGGAGAGUUUAAAAAAACAGUUCGACACAUCAAGUCUCAAGCUGAGCACACAGAGCGUCAGAUUAAACAGCAGUUUGAGAAGCUUCAUCAGUUUCUCAGAGAUGAAGAAGAAGCUACAAUCACUGCACUGAGGGAGGAAGAGGAGCAGAAGAAGCAGAUGAUGAAGGAGAAGCUGGAGGAGAUGAACAGACACAUCUCAGCUCUUUCACACACAAUCAAAGACAUGGAGGAGAUGAUGAAAGCCAGUGACGUCUGCUUUCUGAAGGAGUUUCCAGUCUCAAUGGAAAGAGUCCAGAUCUCAUCACAGCCGGAUCCACAGACGCCUUCUGGAGCUUUGAUUCAUGUGCCACGUUACUUGGGCAACCUGCCCUUCAGAGUCUGGAAGAAGAUGCAGGACAUCGUCCAGAACACUCCUGUGAUUCUGGAUCCAAACACGGCUCAUCCAGAUCUCGUUUUGUCUGAUGAUCUGACCAGUGUGAGAUACAGCGAUUAUCAACCUGUUCCUGAUAAUCCAGAGAGAUUUGACCGGUGUGAAUGUGUUCUGGGUUCAGAGGGUUUUAACACAGGAACACACUGCUGGGAUGUGGAGGUUAAACAGAGUUCAGGCUGGAGACUUGGAGUAACUACAGCAUCAAACCUGAGGAAGGGACAGGAUUUCUUCAACACUGGUGCCUGGUUUGUGGAGUAUGAGGAUGAAGAAUGCUAUUUAACUUCUGGUUUUGGUGUUAAUCAGAAGCUUGAUCGUGUGAGAGUGAAUCUGGACUAUGACAGAGGAACGGUGUCAUUCUCUGAUCCUGUAACUAACACACAUCUACACACAUUCACAACCUCCUUCACUCACACACUCUUUCCAUUCUUCUAUUGUGAUUAUUAUGAUUCUUCCUCUCUGAGGAUCUUAGCAAUCAAUAGUCAGUAAUCUGUAGAUCUGGAUCUUCCUGCUUUCAUCUUUCAUCAUGUUUCAAUAUUUAAUCCAGAUCACAUGAGUAAGAGACUGUUGAUCUGAACAUCAAAUCAGAAAACAAGUUAAUUUAUUCAUCUUUAAAAAUGAAAAAUUAUUAAAACACGUGAUGAAGGGUUCAAAUAAAUCAUCUUAAGUAUUCUAUCAUUUGCGUAUUUGAGCAUAAUAUAACAAAUUCCAUCUCGUCCAGGUGCUGUUCGUUUUAUCCUGUGUAAUACCCUUUUAAGUUCCCAUAUUUCAAAGUCAGCAUCUAAUGCUCCUUUUCCAUCAGGUCUUUUAGUAUAUACAGGUGCAUCUCAAUAAAUUAGAAUGUCGUGGAAAAGUUCAUUUAUUUCAGUAAUUCAACUCAAAUUGUGAAACUCGUGUA